AUGGCGGCAUCGAGACGCCUCCGAGACCUACAAGCGCAAAUCGGGAACAAGACCUGCGUCGAUUGCGCGCAGAAGAAUCCUCAAUGGGCGUCGGUAUCGUACGGGGUGUUCAUGUGCUUGGAAUGCUCCGGGAAACACCGCGGCCUCGGCGUUCACAUCAGUUUCGUCCGAUCCGUCACCAUGGAUUCGUGGUCCGAGAUCCAGAUCAAGAAAAUGGAAGCCGGAGGCAACGAACAGCUCAACAAAUUCUUCUCUCAGUACGGCAUCGCAAAAGAGACAGACAUCGUCACGAAAUACAACACCAACGCCGCCUCUGUUUAUCGGGAUCGCAUCCAAACCCUAGCCGAGGGCCGCCCCUGGCGAGACCCGCCGGUUGUCAAGGAAAAUGUCGGAGCCAGCAAGAGGAAACCGCCGUUGAGCGGCGGCGGAGGUGGUGGUGGUGGAGGCGGAAAGGGAGGGUGGGAUAGUUGGGACAGUUUUGAUGACGGAGGAGGGGUUAGAUCGGCGGCGGCGGCGGAUGUGAGGCGGAACCAGUCGGUGAGCGAUUUCAGGAGUGGCGGCGGAGGUCGAGGGUUGAAUUCGAAGUCGAGGUCGACGGAGGAUAUUUUUACGCGGUCGCAAUUGGAGGCUUCGGCGGCGAAUAAGGAGACGUUUUUUGCUAUGAAGAUGGCGGAGAAUGAAUCGCGGCCAGAUAAUGUGCCUCCAUCGCAAGGCGGGAAGUAUGUGGGCUUCGGAUCGAAUCCGGCGGGGGCGGCGGCUCCGAUGCCGAGAAAUAAUUCGCAAGGGGAUGUUCUUUCUGCUGUUACUCAGGGUUUUGGGAGGUUAUCUAUGGUUGCUGCAUCUGCGGCUCAGUCUGCGGCCAAUGUUGUUCAAGCAAGCACAAAGGAGAUCAGUUCCAAGGUGAGAGAGGGAGGGUAUGAUACCAAGGUCAAUGAAACAGUCAAUGUUGUCACCACAAAAACAACAGAGAUCGGACAGAAGACAUGGGGGAUCAUGAGAGGGGUCAUGGCAUUGGCCUCACAAAAGGUGGAGGAGUACACUAAGGAAGGCAGCACGGGCACUGGCACCAGCUGGAAGGCAGACAACUGGCAAAGAAACGAAAGCGAGGGAAAUGGCUAUUAUCAAGAGUUUGCACAAGAGUCAAAAGGAUGGAGUUCCAGAGGAGGGAAGUCCUCAUCUGGUGCUGCUCAUAAUAAUUCUGUCAGCUCAGGGUCUUGGGAUGAUUGGGACCAAAAAGACAAUAGGAAAGAAGAAUCCUCCACAAAGGGUGCAGCGGCCAGUAACGGGGAUGGCUGGGCAGGUUGGGACGAUGGAAAAGAUGACGGAUUUGAUCAUUUCUACCAGAGUGCAUCACCUGAUAAGAAAACUGUUGGGCACAAUGGAAAAUCCGAUUCCAACUGGACUGAUGGCGGCUUUCUCUAAGGUUAGUACAUGAUCACCAACUUUUUUUUUUGACCUUUCAAAAGUGAUUUUUUUCCCCAUGUAACUUGUUGGGAAGGGGCUUGUAUAAUUGUGAACGGUGUGGGCUAAUUGCUCAACUCACAACCAAUGUCUUUCGAGUGUGAGGAACAUUGUUUGUGACUUUUUAAAUUUAGAUUGCUUUCGGAUUUGUAACGACUGCAGUUCAAUUAUUAUUAUUAUUAUUAUUAUUAUUAAUGUUU